UAAGGAGCGAAACGCUCUCAAUCUGAGAAAGUGGGGCAGGUUGGAUUCAACGUACCAAGGAAAGAAAAAUAAACCUCGAAAAUGUUUCAGUGGUAUGUAAAGUGAAGGCGACAGGGGCCACCGGUUCCCCCCGCGAUGUCAGACGCAGUUUUCAUGCGGGAAUGGGAGAGGAGACGAAGCUUUACUUGCACACGUUACCUCGCUGGUUUUUGCAGCGGAGGCUUAAUUGUUACCUGAAGAGAAAUUAAGCAGCAGUUUAAGAGCGAAAGCAGUGUUUGGUAUUAACUUUGAAGAAGCUCCUGUGUGCUGGAGCAGUCGGUGGAUGUUGUGCCAUGGAGAUAAAGACAAGACUUCGAGCUACGCUGAUGUUAAUAUGGAUAUUUCAAGGUGACACCAAGGAUGUGGAGAUCCCCAGGGGAGAUCUGGAGGUGGUCAAGGGCCAGAUGGUGAUGUUACAGGCCUGGUACAGCCCCCUGUCAGAUAUUAGCAAAAACUCUGUCAUGUGGCUCUUCAAGGGGAAAGAGUCCAAGCAGGUGAUAAAUUUUAGCUCAGGCGAGAUUGGGCACGGCCAGAACGAGUUCACCAAAAGAGUGGGCUUCAGUGCGCCCAUGCCCUCCGCCAACCUCUCCAUCUACAUCAACAACACCCAGGAGUCUGACUCCGGGUCUUACGUCUGCUCUGUCAUCAUCCCUGGAAGUACUGGCAUUUUGGGAGAGGUGCGCCUUAAUGUCAAAGUCCCUCCUUCCCCCCCAGUGUGCACCGUGACGGGGAACCCAGUGAUGAAGGGCAAUGUGACUCUGAGCUGUCAGUCCAGUCAGGGAAAACCUGUCCCUCAGUACAAAUGGACCAAAGCUGCACCAACGUCUGAGGUGUUUUUCUCCCCCAUGCAGAAAUGGAGAGCCUGUCCCCAGCCCAUGCUUGUCCUUGGGUUCAUGGAUGAGAGACACGGCACCCUCAGGCUGAGCAACCUCACUAAAAGCAUGUCAGGGAAGUACAUCUGCCGAGCCAGCAACACCGCGGGCUCCGACAGCUGCUCCAUUAACCUGGAAGUUAUCACCUCUUCCAAUGCAGGGAUGAUUGCAGCCGCUACACUGGGCUCCAUAGUGGGACUGGUGGCCAUGGUGCUCUUCCUCAUAUUUAUACUGAAAAGGAAAAGGGACACUGAGGAGGAAAUGGCCAAUGAGAUCAAGGAGGAUGCUCAGGCACCAAAGAGAGUAUCAUGGGCAAAGAGUAACACCGGCUCUGACAUCAUAUCCAAGAAUGGCACGCUCUCCUCCAUAGCAACCAGUCCUCGCCCCCGAGACCCCCGCCAACCGAACUACCACUACCCAUACUCCCCCGCGUCGACUUCAGACACCGGCUCAGUUAUCCAUGCCUACCAGCUGCGACCCGGAGAAGCCAACACACUGCAGGGACUCCCCGGGUACAACAGUGGAGGCACCCCAUCACGCAAACAUAAGAGACCCCCCAGCACAAACGGGGUCCCUCCGCAGCUUCUGAGGAGCCCUAUGGUCGCCAACAGGACUGAGGGGGCUCAGCCUCAGGUGCCCCCUCCACUCGCUGUGUCCCCACAAAUGAGCUGCUCCACUCUGACACGCCUUGGAGCUGUAGCCAUCAUGGUGCCUGCGCAGAGCCAGGCCGGCUCGCUGGUGUAGGCCGGCAGGAGGACAGUGAUUAUGGAUAGAGAGAAAGUAUGCCUUGGAACGUAAAAGCACUUUCUCUGUGAAGACUUAAAAGGAUGUGAGAGAAGAAAAUGUCUCGCAGGUACCUUUUUGGUUUGUUCAUUUCAAUUUCUUUUUGUAAGAAAUAUAUUUUUUAUUUACACUCUUAUGAAGAGAUCUUUAAUGAUAUCCAGUAGCUUUAGGAUUCUUAGGCAGUGUACAUAAAAGCCAAUGUUUUCAAGAGAGUUGCUGACUUACUACAGUUUAUGGAUUUAUUUCAGUGCAGUUGGCAGUUUGCUUAGAGUUCUGCAAAAUAUAUGCUGGCCAAAUUUGUAUAAUAACUUUAAUGAUACAAGUGUAUGAUUUCAUUUCAUUUGUGUAAAGAUCACUUUUCAGUCCCUUCUCUCAGGCUAAAGGCACUAUGUCAAAAUCACAAUUCAGGUAUUUCAAAUGUUUCAUUAUUGUUUUCUCUGAAACACAUGUACGUGUUAUGUGUUCACGUAAAGGUUGUUUUAUUUAACCUACUGCAAUAUCAGUAUGGUUCAAUGACUCUGAUGUCUGCUGGGAGGACAUUUAUAAGUAUUUGCCUGUUACGGUAGUUGGAAUGUAACCAAAAAAUAGUAGAACAUGUUGAAGUUGAUGGUUUCUUACUAUUCUGUUCAAAGGUGCUUGUUUUAACUUGAUAUAAUUACUGUAAACAUACAAGGCCGCCAGUAAGUGAGAUUAUAUAGAAUCAAACUUCCUGCUGUUGGUUUUGUUUGUUUUCAUGUAAGUGUAUGCAGCUCUGAUAAAAGAUGUGGCAGUAAGCUAUGCUGAAGGUUACAUGUAGCACUUUUACUGCAGCUUUGAUUGAUCUUUUUUUUUUCAAUAAAGUAUUCUGGAGUGUUUGAUUUUAGCAUGACUCAUCAUAAUCACUUUACCUAUAAAUAUAUUUUUACUCAGGCAAAAGAGAUGUAAAAAAUACCCAGUUAAGUGUCAAUAAAAAGGCUGAUUCCUUUUGCAAACUGAUAUUAUUUUAUUUGAAGUGUAAUCAUUUGCAAUGUGACAUUAAUACAUAACACAUAAUACCCAACCCACAUUUUUAUCUGGGGCAUUUCAAAUGUCAUGGAUGGGUAACAAUUCAGUAACCUUCACUAUAAUUGAGAUCUAAAAGGCCACUUAAGGCACAGAGAUGCUGAGACUGCAUGUAAUAUACAUCUGUGAUAUACAGUGGAGAAACACACCCUUUAAACACCCCAGUUUGUAUUAAAUCCUUUAAAAGAAAGGAAAAAAAUCCCAACCUCUUGUUACAGUUUCAGUGAAUCUGUAGUAAGGAGUAGCUAUUUUUUUUAAAUAGAAAAACAAGAUUACAACUUUUUAUUCACACUAGCAGCUUUGCAGAAAAUGUUUCGAUUACAAAUCAAAUCAAGACCUUUUUCUAAACUAUUCUUAGGAUAUUAAAACUACCGGAGGUGGUCUCUGAAAAGGUGGUGUAGACACCAGCACAUUAUCAGCAAGGUAAAGGGAUUGACAGGAUAUUUUGUACAUGUCUGACCCGAAAAAGAUCAAUACUACUGAAUUUGGUGGUCCCAUGCUUUCUCUAGCACUGCUUAUCAGGUGGAACUCUGGGUACAGUAUUUCAUGCUCCCUUCCCGACAUAACAGUGAAUCCUUACUGCUUCACCAAGCACCACCAUCAGGUCAAGUUUUUACUAUGCUUUAUGACCAAAUACAAGUUUGGAUGAGAUUUCACACAAGUAACACAUGUUAGCAUGCUAACAGGCUAAGCUAAGAUGGUGAACUGGGUAAACCUCAAACCUGCAAAACAUUAGCAUUCCUCUGCAGAGCUAGCAUGGCUGCACAUCCUUGGUGUUCUUUCUGCCAAACAUUGUUACUGUUCAUCAGUUGCAGUCUGUACUUAGAUAAAAUAUGCUGCCUUUUUAUUGUACUUAACUUCAGCUGUCUUUUGAGUUGAAUGUUAUGUUUGUAUGUGAAAUAUGCAAUUAUUUAGCAUUUUUAAGAUGCUGUAUAAGCAUUUAUUUUUGUAAUUGUAGCCUGGAAUUUAAUUAGUGCUUAUAGAGGAAGUGUUGGACAUGAGGAAACGUUGACCUGCAGGUGGCACUACAUGUUAAGUAAA